UAGCCCAUGCUGUUGUAGGAGGUGCGCUUUGCCGGUGUGGUGCAGUGGGAAUGGCUCUCACGUGAGGUGGACCAGCGAAAUACUGUUCUCUGGAUAAACGCGGAUAAAAUGACCGUGGAAAUGGCCGGAGUUUUCGACAUUGAUCUGGAUCAGCCAGAUGACAUCGUGUCCGAGGACGAGUUUGAGGACGGAGGCGAAUACAUGGACCAAUGCAGUAGUGGUUUUGAGUUUAACAUGGAUGGCUGUGAGAAAUUUGAAAUAUCCGAGAACAGUGUAAACAAAGGAACAGAGCAGAUUAGGCCUGAAUGCUUUGAGCUGUUGAAAGUUCUGGGAAAAGGCGGCUAUGGAAAGGUGUUUCAAGUUCGUAAAGUAACAGGUGCUGCUUCUGGGAAGAUUUUUGCCAUGAAGGUUUUAAAGAAGGCCAUGAUUGUUCGAAAUGCAAAGGAUACGGCUCAUACCAAAGCUGAGCGAAACAUUUUGGAGGAGGUGAAACAUCCCUUUAUUGUAGAUCUAAUCUAUGCCUUCCAGACUGGGGGGAAGUUGUAUCUUAUCCUGGAAUAUCUCAGUGGUGGGGAGUUAUUUAUGCAACUAGAACGAGAAGGAAUAUUUAUGGAGGACACAGCAUGUUUUUACCUGGCUGAGAUCUCUAUGGCUUUGGGCCACCUGCACAAGAAAGGCAUAAUCUACAGAGACCUGAAGCCUGAAAACAUAAUGCUCAACAACAAUGGUCAUGUGAAAUUAACAGACUUUGGUCUCUGCAAGGAGUCUAUCCAUGAUGGCACUGUAACCCACACUUUCUGUGGCACCAUUGAAUAUAUGGCUCCAGAGAUUCUGAUGAGGAGUGGACACAAUCGAGCAGUCGAUUGGUGGAGCCUGGGUGCUCUCAUGUAUGACAUGCUGACAGGAGCACCACCAUUUACUGGGGAAAACAGGAAGAAGACCAUUGACAAAAUAUUGAAAUGUAAACUUAGCCUUCCACCAUAUCUGACACAAGAAGCCAGAGACCUCCUAAAAAAGCUGUUGAAAAGGAAUGCCUCGGUGCGACUUGGGGGUGGCCCAGGAGAUGCUGCAGAGGUCCAGGCUCACCCUUUCUUCCGACACAUAAACUGGGAUGACCUGCUUGCUCGUAAAGUAGAGCCUCCUUUUAAACCGUUUCUGCAAUCGCCUGAUGAUGUGAGCCAGUUUGACUCUAAGUUCACUAGUCAGACUCCAGUGGACAGUCCAGAUGAUUCCACACUUAGCGAAAGUGCUAAUCAAGUCUUCCUGGGUUUCACAUAUGUAGCCCCAUCAGUCCUGGAAAAUAUCAAAGAGAAGUCUUCCUUUGAACCAAAAGUUCGUUCUCCACGCAAAUUCCCAGGAAGCCCAAGAACUCCUGUAAGUCCAGUGAAGUUUGCCCGAGGGGACUGCUGGCCUCGGGGACCUGCUCUCACUGACAGCCCGUGUGUGCUAUCUCCUGGUGUAUCUGAACAGCCCAUGGAGGUGUCGUCGACAGACUUUAACAUCAGUGGAACUACAGAAGCUUCUGCACCGCUCCCUAUCAGACAGCCAUCAGGCAUCAGCACAGGACAAUAUAAGAAACAGGCCUACCCUUUGAAUUCAAAGAGACCAGAGCAUCUAAGAAUGAAUUUAUGACACUCGGCUUGUUGUUUAACUUUAGAAAUAUUCAAAUUUUCCUCCUAACAGUAAGAGACUAGUAGUUUUUUUAAAAGAAUUGACUGACACUGUUUCCGCUGAUCACCAGCUCUUCCAGCAGCGCCUUCUCGCUUGACCUUUGACCUGCAGCCUCCGUUCCUGACCUUAAAGAGCAGUGGUUAGGGAUGUGUGAGGCAUGCUUCUAGAAAGGGGACUUGCGUGUUAAGUUUUGGCAUUAUAUGAUUUAUUGGUGCUCCUCUGUCCAUCUAAAGGACAAUGUACUGUCAAUGUUUACAGCUGGAGAUGCUAGUGUACAAUGGAUUUACCAUUUGCACUUUAAGUGCCCCUCAGUGUGCAACUCGCAAGAAUUUGGGAUGUUUGAAAGAAAUCUGAGACGCUUGCACACAAUUGAUUGUACCCUACAGCAAAAACAGGUUGUUCUUGGGUGAUGAAAUAAUCUGUAGAAAAGAAAUGAAAUCUCACCUUGUGUUGCUUCACCAGUUAAAGACACUUCCUGAUGCCGUUUGCCUUCAUUUAGUUACUGUUCUUAAGUGCAAGCCUGUCUCCUUUUGCUGGAUGUAAAUACACCCGAGUGUAUACAAUUAGCUGUGCUGCAUUACCAACUUACUGUUGGUUGAGUCCAUUUUAACAGUCGAAGGCUUGUGAAACACCAUAUAUCAUGCUCAGAAUUCAUAUCAGUAUCUAUUUUUAUUCAUCUGUAAGUUCAAAUUGACGGCUUCCUGCUACAAUAUCACAUGUACAAGUAUUAUGCAAAAAGCAAUGGAAGUAUCAUUUUACCAAUGCCAGACCAACGCAUGUAGAUUACUGUCUGUACUUAUACAGUACACAUAACAUUUCAAUUCAAGAACCAAACUGCUUUAAUCAAACCCUGGAAAUGCAUCAGAGUACGUUUUAAGUGUUCUCGCAGACUUCAGUUCUCUUAUAUUAAUACCUUAUUUUAACAAUUCCAUUUUUUUUAGACGUUUGAGACCUUCAUAUUUAUUUCAAGUGCCAUUUUGUUAUCACAGAACUGUUCAUACUAUGCAAAUAUUGUAUUUAUUUUGUUCUAGUAUUAUAUUAAUAAGGCAGCAGAAUGUGAUCAUUUGUCAUUCCUGUUCAUUUUAUUCCAUGUCUUCUGUUUGAUAUUGGUUUCUAUAGUCCUUAUCAUUAAAUAUUGUAUUCUGAUUUUGGACACAGUAAAGGAUUAAAUGAAUUAUUGUGCUGUGGUUUAAUCCAAAGUUGAUGUAUCAUGGAAAUACUGUUACAAUACUGGCAUUUUACAUUUUUCAGUACUUUUAAGUCUCAUUUCCUGUCAGAUUUAUGUACAAUGGGAACAAGGAGUUCACUUUUGUGGCUCUUCUUUAAGAUUUCUUGUAUAACAUGAUAUUCCACUGUUGUAAAACUAACAAAGUGUGUAUGCCAGUCCAGCUCACAUUCUCAUCAUGGUAACAUGUUAUACAGCAACUGGUUGCUUUUUACUUGAAUGGUUAAAGGUUAAAUAUGUAAACUGUAAAUAACAAGCUGACACUUCUUUCCACAGUAAUGACGCACAUGAUGCUUGUAAUAAGAUGAUUUUUUUUAUUAUUCAUUUAAACUGAUAAAAAUGACAAGAUUUAUGUAAUAAAAUAUUUUUCAUUCUUUGGUU